CAUCCGAUAUCUCCAAAAAAUAAACUCAUCAAAUGUUCACGCUUCCUACUCGCUCUGCGUGCGCCCUGCCAUUCUUAAGAAACCAUCAAUUCAGAGUGUGUCCCCCUGGUAGCAUCAGAGAAGACAAUCUCUGUGUUUCAAAUAAAUCAUGUGCGAGCAAGAGGAAGUUCUUUAGGAACCGGUUGCGUUCUUACAGAUCACCAGUAUAUGAAAGGCUCCACCUUUGGCAAUCGGACCGGCCGGGGCGGUCGCCAAGGCUCAGGGUCGUUGUUCGGUCGGCAUUAUCAGGUGUGCCGGAGAAGCCGCUUGGUCUCUAUGACCCUGCCUUUGAUAAGGACUCUUGUGGGGUUGGGUUCGUUGCGGAAUUAUCCGGCGAAUGCAGUCGUAAAACGGUGACUGAUGCUAUGGAGAUGUUGCUACGUAUGUCGCAUAGAGGUGCUUGUGGGUGUGAGCCCAAUACUGGAGACGGAGCCGGUAUUCUCGUGGCUCUGCCUCAUCAGUUUUACAAGGAGGUCGCCAACGAUGUGGGAUUUGAGCUUCCACCGCCUGGACAAUACGCUGUUGGCAUGUUUUUCUUGCCCACAUCAGAUAGUCGCAGAGAAGAAAGCAAAAAUGUAUUUACAAAGGUUGCGGAAUCUCUUGGACACUCUGUCCUUGGUUGGCGUUCUGUGCCCACAAAUAACACUGGACUGGGCAAAUCAGCCCUGCAUACAGAACCAGUUAUUGAGCAGGUGUUUCUGACUCCUAGAUCCCAGUCGAAAGUUGAUCUGGAAAGACAGAUGUACAUAUUGAGGAAGCUCUCCAUGGUUGCUAUUGAGUCUUCCUUAAAACUUCAAAAUAACGGUGAUACAGAUUUCUACAUCUGUUCACUUUCAUCAAGGACUGUUGUAUACAAAGGUCAGUUAACGCCAGCUCAGUUGAAGGAUUACUAUUUUGCGGAUCUUGGCAAUGAAAGGUUUACGAGCUACAUGGCCCUGGUGCACUCACGGUUUUCUACAAAUACCUUUCCUAGCUGGGACCGAGCUCAACCUAUGCGCAUAUUAGGUCACAACGGAGAAAUCAACACUCUUAGAGGCAACGUGAACUGGAUGAAGGCACGUGAGGGUCUCCUCAAGUGCAAAGAGCUCAAUUUAUCUGAGUCUGAGUUAAAGGAUCUUUUGCCUAUUGUUGAUGCCAAUUCAUCUGAUUCAGGAGCUUUUGAUGCUGUCCUUGAGUUUUUGGUUCAAUCUGGGAGAAGUCUUCCAGAAGCUGUUAUGAUGAUGAUUCCUGAAGCUUGGCAAAAUGACAAAAACAUGGACCUUCAGCGUAAAUCAUUCUAUGAAUACUUCUCGGCCCUCUUAGAACCAUGGGAUGGGCCAGCCCUUAUAUCAUUUACCGAUGGUCGCUAUCUUGGGGCUUCAUUGGAUAGGAAUGGACUACGACCAGGCCGUUUCUAUGUCACACAUGGUGGACGAGUAAUAAUGGCCAGUGAAGUUGGGGUAGUAGACAUUCCUCCUGAAGAUGUAUGUAGGAAAGGUAGACUUAACCCUGGCAUGAUGCUUCUGGUGGACUUUGAGGAGCACGCUGUUGUAAAUGAUGAUGCCUUGAAGGAAAAGUAUUCAUUGGCAAGGCCUUAUGGGGAGUGGCUCAAAAGACAGAAGAUUGAAUUGAAUGACAUAGUUGAGUCAGUUCAUGAAUCUGAAAGAGUGCCGCCAGCCAUAGCAGGAGUGGUACCGGCAUCUAACGAAGACAUGAAUAUGGAAAAUAUGGGAAUUCAUGGAUUACUGGCUCCGCUGAAAGCUUUUGGUUACACAAUUGAAUCUCUGGAAAUGUUAUUACUCCCCAUGGCAAAGGAAGGUGUAGAAGCCCUUGGGUCCAUGGGGAAUGAUACUCCAUUGGCCAUCAUGUCUAAUAGAGAAAAACUCUCAUUUGAAUACUUCAAGCAAAUGUUUGCUCAAGUAACAAACCCGCCAAUUGAUCCUAUUCGAGAAAAAAUUGUAACUUCCAUGGAAUGUAUGAUUGGUCCUGAAGGUGAUCUAACCGAAACCACUGAGGAACAAUGUCACCGUCUUUCACUAAAAGGCCCUCUUUUAUCUAUGGAAGAAAUGGAAGCUAUUAAAAAGAUGAAUUACAGGGGAUGGCGAAGCAAAGUUAUAGACAUAACUUUCUCUAAGUGUUGUGGCAGGAGAGGAUUAGAGGAAGCCUUAGAUAGGAUUUGUGCAGAAUCACGUGCUGCAAUCAAUGAGGGUUACACCGUGCUUGUGCUAUCUGACAGAGCCUUCUCAAGGAAUCAUGUUGCUGUGAGUUCUCUUCUGGCUGUUGGUGCGGUCCAUCAACAUCUAGUUAAAACACUUGAGCGAACUAGAGUGGCCUUAAUUGUUGAUUCCGCAGAGCCACGUGAAGUCCACCAUUUUUGCACACUUGUUGGAUUUGGUGCUGACGCUAUAUGUCCUUAUUUGGCUAUUGAAGCAAUUUGGCGAUUGAAUGUUGAUGGAAAAAUCCCACCAAAACCAAGCGGUGAAUUUCACACAAAAGAUGAGCUAGUUAAGACGUAUUUCAAAGCUAGUAACUAUGGAAUGAUGAAGGUUCUUGCCAAAAUGGGAAUAUCGACCUUGGCUUCUUACAAAGGUGCUCAAAUUUUUGAAGCUCUAGGUCUUUCAUCAAAAGUGAUAGAAAGAUGUUUUGCUGGAACUCCAAGUCGAGUCGAGGGUGCAACAUUUGAGAUGCUUAAUCAAGAUGCGCUGAAAUUGCAUGAGAUGGCAUUCCCUUCUCAUGCCUUCUCCCCUGGUAGUGCAGAAGCUCUAGCACUCCCAAAUCCUGGGGAUUAUCAUUGGAGAAAAGGUGGUGAAAUUCACUUGAAUGAUCCAGUUUCCAUAGCAAUGCUUCGAGAAGCUGUCAGAACUAAUAGCAAAGAUUUUUAUAAACAGUACUCCAAGCUAAUUCAUGAAUUGAAUAAGGCUUGCAAUUUGAGGGGAAUUUUGAAAUUUAAGGAGGCAGCAAUUAAGAUUCCCCUCGAUGAAGUAGAACCUGCCAGUGAAAUAGUUAAAAGGUUUUGUACUGGAGCCAUGAGUUAUGGGUCAAUAUCGUUGGAGGCGCACACCACACUGGCGAUUGCUAUGAAUAAAAUUGGAGGAAAAUCUAACACAGGUGAGGGUGGUGAGCAACCAUCUCGUAUGGAACCUCUUGCUGAUGGUUCAAUGAAUCCAAAGAGGAGUGCCAUCAAGCAAGUUGCAAGUGGGAGGUUUGGGGUUUCAAGUUACUACCUAACAAAUGCUGAUGAACUACAAAUAAAGAUGGCUCAGGGAGCAAAACCUGGUGAAGGAGGUGAACUUCCUGGCCACAAGGUUGUUGGAGACAUUGCUGUCACUAGAAAUUCAACUGCCGGGGUAGGACUUAUCAGUCCACCGCCUCAUCAUGAUAUAUACUCCAUUGAAGACCUUGCCCAAUUAAUUCAUGAUCUAAAGAAUGCCAACCCAAAUGCUCGCAUAAGUGUGAAGUUAGUGUCUGAGGCUGGAGUGGGCAUAGUUGCUAGUGGAGUUGUUAAAGGACAUGCUGACCAUGUCUUGAUCUCAGGUCAUGACGGAGGUACAGGGGCAUCCAGAUGGACUGGCAUAAAGAAUGCCGGACUCCCUUGGGAACUUGGCUUGGCUGAGACCCACCAGACUUUAGUUGCUAAUGACUUGCGUGGUCGCACAAUUCUCCAGACUGAUGGACAACUCAAAACUGGAAGAGAUGUGGCCAUUGCUGCACUUCUUGGUGCAGAAGAGUUUGGGUUCAGUACAGCUCCACUCAUCACAAUGGGCUGCAUUAUGAUGCGGAAGUGCCACAAGAACACUUGUCCAGUUGGGAUUGCUACCCAAGAUCCAGUACUUAGAGAGAAGUUUGCUGGAGAACCUGAGCAUGUUAUUAACUUCUUUUUCAUGGUGGCUGAAGAGAUGAGAGAAAUUAUGUCACAGCUUGGGUUUCGGAGUGUUAAUGAGAUGAUUGGCCGUCCAGAUAUGCUUGAAGUUGAUAAAGAGGUGAUUAAGAGUAACGAGAAGCUAGAAAACAUUGAUCUCUCUCUGUUGCUUAGACCCGCAUCUGAACUACGGCCUGAAGCUGCUCAGUAUUGUGUGCAAAAACAAGAUCAUGGUUUGGAUUUGGCCUUGGACAAUAAGCUCAUUAGUCUUUCUGAAGCCGCUUUGGUAAAGUGUAUACCUGUAUACAUUGAAACUCCAAUCUGCAAUGUUAAUCGUGCUGUGGGAACCAUGCUUAGCCAUGAAGUGACUAAACGGUAUCAUUUGGCUGGUCUUCCAACUGACACCAUCCAUAUCAGAUUCACUGGGAGUGCAGGCCAGAGCUUUGGUGCUUUCCUGUGUCCUGGCAUUACUAUGGAGCUUGAAGGUGAUGGCAAUGACUAUGUCGGUAAAGGAUUAUCUGGUGGCAAGAUUAUAGUAUAUCCUCCCAAGGAAAGCAAUUUUGACCCUAAGGAAAACAUUGUAAUUGGUAAUGUGGCACUGUAUGGGGCCACAAGUGGUGAGGCAUAUUUCAAUGGGAUGGCAGCAGAAAGAUUUUGUGUACGUAAUUCAGGGGCUAAAGCAGUUGUGGAAGGCGUUGGUGAUCAUGGAUGUGAGUACAUGACUGGCGGGAUUGUUGUUGUGCUUGGGAAAACUGGUAGAAACUUUGCUGCGGGUAUGAGCGGGGGUAUUGCGUAUGUUCUUGAUGUUGAUGGACAAUUUCAAUAUAGGUGCAACCAAGAGCUUGUAGAUCUGGAUAAGGUUGAUGAGGAGGAGGAUGUCAUUACUCUCAGAAUGUUGCUACAACAACAUCAACGUCACACUAGUAGUCUUCUUGCCAAAGAAGUGCUUACCAACUUAGAUAAUCUUCUUCCUAAAUUUAUCAAGGUGUUCCCUAGGGAGUAUAAACGUGUUCUUGCUAGUAUGAAGGCUGAUGUAGCCUCCAAAGAAGCAGUGGAGCAUGCUGCCAAGGAUGCACAGGAGCUAAAUGAAGCAGGAAAGGAAGGUAAAGAUGCAUUUCAAGAGCUGAAGAAACUUGCUGCUUCAUCUUUGAAUGAGAAACCGAGUCAGCUUGAUCAGGCUAAAGCAUCGAAGAGGCCUACUCAAGUUGUUGACGCCAUUAAGCAUAGAGGUUUUGUUGCUUACGAACGUGAGGGAGUUCAAUACAGGGAUCCCAAGGUUCGCAUGAGUGAUUGGAAGGAAGUGAUGGUGGAGGGAAAGCCUGGACCACUUUUGAAGACUCAGUCUGCUCGUUGCAUGGACUGUGGUACUCCCUUCUGUCAUCAGGAAAAUUCUGGAUGCCCUCUUGGGAACAAAAUCCCAGAAUUUAAUGAGUUAGUGUACCGAAAUAGAUGGCGGGAAGCAUUAGAGCGUCUUCUUGAGACAAACAACUUCCCUGAGUUUACUGGUCGGGUAUGCCCUGCACCAUGUGAAGGUUCUUGUGUCCUUGGUAUUAUUGAGAAUCCUGUAUCUAUCAAAAGCAUUGAAUGCGCCAUCAUAGAUAAGGCUUUUGAGGAGGGUUGGAUGAUGCCUCGACCUCCGUUAAAGAGAACAGGGAAAAGUGUUGCCAUUGUUGGAAGUGGACCAGCAGGCUUGGCUGCUGCUGAUCAGUUGAACAAAAUGGGCCACAUAGUAACUGUGUAUGAGAGGACUGAUAGGAUCGGAGGGCUUAUGAUGUAUGGGGUUCCAAACAUGAAAGCUGAUAAAGUUGAUAUAGUUCAACGGCGGGUCAACCUUAUGGCUGCAGAAGGAGUUAAUUUCGUGGUGAAUGCUGACGUUGGACAUGAUCCUUUAUACUCCCUCGAUCAUCUUCGAGAGGAAAAUGAUGCCAUUGUUUUGGCUGUGGGAGCCACAAAACCAAGGGAUCUUCCUGUACCAGGACGGGAGUUGUCUGGUGUUCAUUUUGCCAUGGAGUUUCUUCAUUCAAACACUAAAAGCUUGCUUGAUAGCAAUCUACAAGAUGAUGACUACAUCUCUGCCAAGGGCAAGAAAGUUGUGGUCAUUGGUGGGGGUGACACUGGCGCAGAUUGUAUAGGGACAUCCAUUCGUCAUGGAUGCAGCAGUAUUGUAAAUCUGGAACUUCUUCCUGAGCCACCACGAACUAGGGCCUCAGGAAAUCCUUGGCCACAGUGGCCUCGAAUAUUGCGUGUAGAUUAUGGGCACCAGGAAGCUGUGGCAAAAUUUGGCAAAGAUCCCAGAUCUUACGAGGUAUUGACUAAGCGGUUUGUGGGAGAUGAGAAUGGAAAUGUGAAAGGGCUUGAAGUGGUACGUGUAUGCUGGGGUAAGGAUGAUGCUGGCAAGCUCCAGUUUAAGGAAGUUCAGGGCUCUGAGGAGAUUAUUGAGGCUGAUCUAGUCUUACUGGCAAUGGGCUUCAUUGGUCCUGAGUCCACAAUCCCAGAGAAGAUGGGCUUGGAGCUAGACAAUAGGUCAAAUUUGAAGACGGAUUAUGGCCACUUUUCAACUAGUGUUGAUGGCAUAUUUGCAGCUGGGGAUUGUCGGCGUGGUCAAUCCCUGGUAGUCUGGGCAAUCUCAGAGGGACGGCAAGCCGCCAAACAGGUAGACAAGUACCUUACUGUAGACAAGGAGCUCAACAAUAUUGGUGGGCCAGAGGAACUUGUGAAGAGACAGAAGGACCACCUCACCAACAAACGCACUGUAGUGACUUAAAAGACGUCAUUUUUCCAUCUCAAACAGUACCAAAGGGAAUUUCCCAGUAUGAAAAAGAUGAUAGAGAUCGAGCAAGGGUUUAAUUGGCAUGCCCAGGCAGUUUUAGUUGCCAAAAGGGCAUUGAUAAAGGAGAAAAUAAUAAAGGUUAGAAUUUAGCUUCUUCUUCUCCCCCCUCCCUUUUUUUCGUGAGAAGGUUGGAAUUUAGUUCAAGCGAAGGUAGAUUAGAUCGUUUUGAGGGGUUUAAGGUUAUUUCAUAUAGAGUCCAGUUUUAAAGUGUUAGAUGCCGUCUUUCUUGCCGGGAAGUUAGUUCUUUUGUAAGUUUAAGAAAUGUACAGUUUGCAAUUCAAUCUUCAUUCGAAUUAGAUAAUUAUUGUUUGGAUGAAAUAAUA